CAAUCUGUGCCAUCGAAAAUUUAAAAACAUACCGGCCCUUAAUGGCCAUAUGAGACUCCACGGCGGUUACUUCAAAAAGGACGCGGAGAACAAGAAGAGCGAGAAGAAAGAGGUCGUUGGGCCGCCUCUGCAGACGGCAUCCGUCAGCGUGAGAGCGCUCAUCGAGGAGAAAAUCAUACAGAAGAGAACGACAGCAGUGGACGCGAAUGGCAAUCAGCCUCGUACGAAUACCACCGUCUUCACCACGCAGACCGACGCCGUUUCGCAAAUCGCCGUCAAGACGAGUUUUGCGGUACCAGCUCCGCCGCCCUUGGCGGCGGGAGAGAAGGUACGUCGGUUUUCCGAUGGUGAACACUUUCGGCCGCCGAAUAUCACCGUGGGUGGUCACACGACUGUGCAGAAGCAGUUGCAGGAAGCGAAAACUCAAGCUGAAGCACAAGCGCUUGCCGACAGGAUUCUGAAGAGUAAUACGAAAGUGGCUGUGAAGAGAACAACUUCCGAUCCGGGACAAAGAUUACACUUGACUUAUCAGCAGCCCGUGCAAUCAGCGACAACCAACCAGCCAUCAAAUAACCAGCAGCCGCAAGCGCAACCUGUGGUAACGGAAAGCUUUACGAUGACAGGAUAUGCCGAGGAUGGUGGUUAUUUCAGCCCAAGCCUGCAGGACGAAGUGUUUCAGCAGGUUACAACGGUUCCUGAUAGCGUGCUCCUGCACGCUACCCAUUUGGAUUCGAUUCAGUUUCAGACGGCCAAUCUGCUGCAAGAACAAUCUACCGAACAGCUGCAGGAUAUCACGUUGGAAGACCGAUAUUCCUCGCAGCACACAGUCAAUCCAGAUCUUCAAGCGCUGGUGAACUCGCCGCUGCCCGACUCUCUGGCCGAAUUCAGUACUUACGCCGCGCAAUAUACGGAAAGUCCUCAUACGUUACCAACCCAGUCGCCUCUGCCGUCGCCUCUAACGCGACACGACAGCCCGAGUUUCACAUAUCCGACGCCACCGGCCAGCCAGGAGGGCCUGCUCACCGGAAGUCUACCGUUGCUGAGUCCCCAAGAGGACCCGGAGAGCGUGAGACACGUAUCGUCGCCGCUCUCGGCGGCAUUUUACACCACUUCGAUGUCGUCCGCUGCGGCCGUGGAGGAGGCGUUGAACGAGGUGCUACCGGAUGAAUCCGAGGCAGAUGCGGAUCUCUACGGGUCCGGUUCGCCAAAUCCGCACUCGCCACUGCCAAGCCCGUUGUCGGCGACGUCGGCGCCGUCGCCACUGCCGCCGUCCUCCGUCUCGUCGCCGGGACCGGUCGCCUUUACAGGCACGAGCUUUCCCGUAUCGCCGCAUAACGCAUUUCAAAAUCAGAUGAUGCCAAACUCGGAGGAUCCUUUGCUUUCUUCGACCUCGAAGGACUUCGCCGCCUCUGGUCGUAGGCGAUUCGAGUUCCAGUCGUACAAGCUGAUCACGAGCCAGAACUUGGUGGACUUCGGUCUCGGAAACGGCAGCCUAGCUGGCAUCGUCCUCGACAACAACGGCGAGUUCAAGUUGAUACAGACGGCGGGUCUACAGAAAGCGAAUGUGUUCGUGCAGGCGGGUUCUCUCAGUCCCGCGCUGACAUUCAAGAAGGAGAUCCGUCUAGCGACACCGAAAAUCGAGCCCGUGACCGUGAACCUCGGCCUGAACGUUCAAACGACGAAUCAACAGCAGUGUAACGCGGGACAGUUUAAUCAACAGCAAAUCGUCAACCCGACCAAGUUUUUCGUUCAAACCAAUCACGCGACGAAGAACAAUGUCUUGAGACACAAAACGGCCACCGGAAGUUUACCGGUACCUAUCGAGCAGAUCAAGCAGGAGCUGCUGGACGAGGAAGUGUUUCUCAGUCCUGGCAGUUUACCCACCAGCAGCCCGGUGCGACACUGUCGAAAGAGGCCGCGCAUGGAUAACGGCCAGUACGCCAGCAGUUCGCAUUCUUAUCCGUCGCGAUUGCGAAAGGCUUGCGAUCGCCACUGGGACAGCAGCUACACCCCGCCACCGAUCCUAGACCCAUCUCGUCCCGGUCCGGGGCUGUACGCGAGAUUGCAUCAGCACGAGAAAGACUCGGACUUCAGCUCGGACGAUUCUCAAGGGAAUGACGGUCCACCGCCGAGGAUCAACAUCGGCACGAGGUAUCAAGCUACGAUACCUCCGGUGGAGUACGAUGGGGACAGAGGAAACGACGGGCCCGAAGCCGAUCAUCUUCUGUGGGAUCCCGGCAUAAACAACGUGCUCACGAACACCGAACUGGAGAUGUACCUGCAGUUCGCGUGUUGCGCCGCGGUGCCGGGUGGUGGUAGAAACAAGGAAUAUGCGCUUCAUCUGUUGCACAUGUGCAAAGGGAAUAUUCAUGAAGCAAUGGUAAAAUUGAUGCGACCAACGCCUACGCUACCUAUGGAUCAUCCCUUGCUCAGCUACGAGUGCCACGAGUCCGACAGAUGGACGUCAUACGAAAUGGACGCGUUCUAUCAAGGACUGCUCAAGUACAAUAAGAACUUCUCCGCGAUUUCGCGGGACGUCGGUGCCAAGACCGCGAAACAGUGCGUGCAGUUCUACUACCUUUGGAAGAGGCUCUGUCCCGACGAGUACAAGAGGCUACGUAUAUGUCAUGGAAAAGCGAAGAUCAAGAGCGAGAUUAAAGAUAGCAAAGAUACCAAAGAGCUACGCGACGCCAUCGCGUCCGUGACGGAAAUGGACUUUAGUGAAGACAAAUCGAUCCUUCAUCGUACACUGGUAAGAUCAAGUCUACAAACAAACGAAAGAGAAAAUUCGGCGACUCUGACCACCAGCGAAGGAGAGCUAAGGUUAUUCGCAUACGACUGCACAGAUAGCUUUAGCGGAAGUGUAACAGUAACGGCCGGAAGCACCCAAACCGCCCAAAUCGGCAAUACCGGCCACGCCACAGUCAACACCAACUCACAAACUCACACUAGUUCUGAGCAACAACUACCCGUGCCCACCCCACUUCACUACCCCUGCAAGAUUUGCGGGAAAGUUUUCAACAAAGUGAAAAGCAGAAGUGCGCACAUGAAAUCCCACAGGCCAAUACCCUUGCCCGAUUCAACGGGUCAAGAAUCUAAGCGACCCACGCAACAAUCGUCGAAAGCGCAACAGCUACAGCAGCCAAUGCCAUCGCAGCAAAGUUGUCAACAACAGCAGCAGCAACAGCCAGACAAUGCUACGCCGCAAGCUCAAGACCAUCAACAACAACAGCAGCAGCAACAACUGCCCGCGAGUAUCAGUGACAGCAGCGCCAAAAAUACAGCACAUUUAUGCCAUAAUCCGACGAGGCCCCCAUAGGACAGGAUCCAAGUAAUUAAACUUAAGCUACCUUAACGAAGGCUGUAAUGGUACUGUAAGAAAGUAAUAUGGUCGCGCGUGGUACACAUAGGCUCUAAACGAUCGUCGCACAAUCGUUACAUUGCGGGAAUAUCUUUUUACGAGACCUUUGCUCACAAAAUGGGUGCAGGUUGCGUGAGUAAACUUCCAAGAUAGUUUCGAAAACGCGAAUGUCUCCCCUAUAUAUACGAAACUGUGCGAGAGAGCGUGACUGGUAAGUUUAUCCAGUCAGAUGGACUAAUUGAAUUUACGAGACUCAUGCGGAAGAAUAUGUAUCGGAAUCGGCCGUUCAGGAAAAAAAAAAAGACAACGUCUAUCGUUAAUGGAAACUAAGCACGAAGAGUUGUAAAACUCGUAGGGUUUAAUGGCGCAGUGAUAGAAGGUAUUCAACUAUGCAAUCAUAAUUCGAGCUCUGUUCAACAAGGAGACAGGGUACCGAUCGUAAACAUCUUCCUCAGCGUGGAAGACGAGAUGCCGGCAUCAGUGUAAGAGAAAAUGAAAAACGGUUACUGUCACUGAAAGAUGAAGCGAACGUACAGACUUUGCGUUUUGUUGAAGACAAAAGGUAAAACGCGAUCGUUUAACGAACAUGGCCUAGAAAAAAAUCAAACACAACUCGAUAAAUAGAUGCGCGAAAACGUAUUUUCGCCACAAUGAGUGCUGAAUCAACAAAACUGAAAGAGAUUGACGUGCACCUACAAUAAGCGCUCUAACGAUUAAACGCGAUUUCAGUGUACCUAUUUAUUAUGCACGUGAAAAUGUUCCCAGAUUGUGCCACAAUACUGUUACCUGUUACCCUUUCACAAUUCUUCUUUUUUUGUAAUGUUUUAGGUUGUUUUCUCUUUCAAUUACAACCGGGAUCAGUUUACAUGAAGCCGUUAUUAAUCAAAAUUUCGAUAAGAAGUCUUUAACUUACUUUAAUUUACGAUUUUUGUGAUUGCUUGAAAUUAUGGAACAUUAUUACUACUAUUUUAUUUGAAUAAAAAUUAUGUAUUCAACAUUAAUAGCAUUUAAUUUCAAUAAACACCGAUGACAUAAUGAGAUAAAUUGCAUUCGUUAAACGGAUCCUGGAUUGUAAUGUAACAACUUGUUGCACGUUCGCUCUAGUUACAUUUAGUUUAAAUAUCAUUAGCAUAUCUAAAAUUUGAUGAAAAAUAAGUGGGUCUUAUAUCACGCGUACGUAGAUUUGUUGAAACUCCUUAAUUUCUUUACCUCUGUUACUUAGUAGAUUAAUAGUAUACAAUUGAAUAAAAAUUUUAAUAUAUACGAUAUAUGAAUAUAAAUAUAUAUAAAUAUAAAUAUGUAUAAACACAAAUUGAUGUAAUUGAAAAGAACUCGUUUUAGCUUAGACAAAUAAUUCUCUAGGAAGGACGUUGUUCAAGUUUCACUUCAGAGGCGUUUCCUGCGUCGCCGAUACUGAAUGUAAAAUAAUGAUUAUACAUACGCCCAUACAUACAUAUUAUACAUACGCACACCCAACACACAGAUACAGAGAGAAUAGAGUACAUUUAUUAAAUAAUAUUCAACUUCAAUGAUCAUUAAAAUAGCUAUAUGUACAUAAGAUGUGUACAUGUCUGUACAUAUAUAACAUCAGUGUCUGUAUGUACAAUUAAAAAUGAACUCUAUGCAAAGUAAGUAGGUUAGGUUUUAGGUUGUUUUAGGAGGGAUCUAUAUACAUAUAUAUAAAGAAAAAUAUAUAUACUUGGCUUCAUUUUCUACCUUACUAGAGGCUACGUGGCGAGGCUCUUGUAAAAACAAUGACUGGUCGCAUGUUUCCAUAAUCUGUAUGAAUUUUUAUUUCCCGUUCAAAAGUUGUUAUAAUGAUGUUCCUAUAUGUAAGGUGCCUUAAGCAAUCAAAAAAGUUUACUUUUCUCUUAUAUAUACCUCGAUGUGAUGCAAUGAACUAUGAAAUUCCUUCGAUUAACGUUAUUUUUUUAAUUAAACCAACAUCCAUAAAAUUAAGAACAAAGAAAUCAAAAUGAUAACUAUACCUUGAAAAGCAUUUAUCUAUUUUUUUUUCUAUUCUUUGUGAAAGAUAUUAAUAUGAUUCUGACAAAGAUUUCAUAAUUUACGUCUUCCAAUUUUCGGGCACGCUUAGCUAUUUUAAUUCCAGAGAAUUUAUCUUUAGUUGUGUUCAUGUAUUUAUAUAGUAUAUAUAUAGGAACAUCCCUCUCACACACAAUCAUUCAGUACAUUUAGAACAAAAACAGCGUGCAUUUUAUUACGACAAAUAUAAUAAAUAUACUAAAUUUUAUAAAAGAUUAAAAUAUAUUUAUAUAUCAAGUUUCAUUUAUAUUGAAACUCUAAAUUGUUAUUCAAGAGAAUUGCCAAUCGUAGAUGCUCUGAUUCUAUCUUGAGAACAUUGUUAUUGUUAACAUUCUUCUUCUUAUUAACUUUUACCAUUGAAUGAAUCGCGCACAUACACACACACACAAUGUACACUUUAACUUUUGAAACUUUUCUCAAAUAAACGCAAAAUGACUGAGGACACUUUAAAAAAAUCUGCCAAGUCUUCAUAAAUAAAGAUGGCUCUAUAAAUCUUCCAUUUAUUUCAAAGUAAAAACUAUGAUUGUAAAUGAAAGUCUAAUUGUCGGAAAUGGGAAAUAUCUUCUCUUAGAAGACAUUAGAUAUUCAGUAUUCUGUACUUUAGUGUUUAUUCUAUCUUUAUGUGUGUAUCUCAUUGAUCUUCUCCCCGAUUUACAAAAAUGUAAUGCAAACUAAACAUCAAAUAUUCCGGCCACAACAUCUGCAUUAUCUAUUUAUUUACAGACAAGAGAUUAAUAUGAGGGGGUAUCACCAAGGGCACUAACUUAAUAUUCACAUGAUGUUAUUCGAGAUUUAGAUUUCAUUUGUCAUCCUUGCUAAAUUUACCGGCCUAUAAUAAUUAUACACAAUAUAAGAGGACAAACUGAUCAAAUUUUCGUAAUAAUAAACAAUUUUAAUUCUUCCGAUAUAUUCAUGAUAUUAUAAUAUUAUAUUUAUAAAUGUUUGUGUGAUAAUUUUUAAGCCCAUGGAAAUACUCCUUUGUAGCCAAACUAAAUGAUUCUGUAACGGCUGAGUAAUGGCCUCCAGUACAGGAGUAAAAAGAGUGUAGUAUUAGAGAUCGAUACACUAUACUAUAAGAUUCUAGAAUUUCGAAUCUUAAAGUUAGUUCAGUUAGUUUUUUAAGGAAUAAAAUUGUUAUGAAUUCCGACCACAGGCUCGGUGCAUAGGUCGAAUACAACAAAAUUAGCAGACAUAUCAUUUAAGACAAUACACUUGUUACAGAAACUAAGUUUCUACUAAUAUAAUUAUUAUUGUACGUAAUCUAACUCUUAAUCUGAACUUAGAGCUUCAAGAGAAAGAUCAUAGGUAGUAAUAAAACGAAGAGAUAAUACGUAUUGGCUGAUCAAAUCCAGAAGUUUUUGUCUAAUAAUUGCAGCAAUGAGUUUUUUCUACAGUCCGAUAAAAUAAUUUUUUGUGUUUUUUCCAAAAUUCUAAAGUGAAUUCGAGUCUACACAUAAAUUUUAUAGAAUAAAAACUGGAAUUAAGAGUUUUAAGUUCGAUAGACUUUUUUUAUGUUAAAAAAACAAAUUGUACUCUGGAUUUAGAACAGUAGCAAUACAAAACACACAGUACUGGAGGCUAUUUACUCAGAAUGUGGGAAAGGCAUGAAACGAAGCAAUGAAACAGUAACGAAGAUAUGCAUGAAUUGUACAAACGAGUCCCUCCACGUCACAGAAAAAAAAAUGAUAUAUCUAUAUGAAGAAUAUAUAUAUAACAAAAUGAUAACUAUGUGAUGUAUUUAAAUGAUAUGUGGUAUAUGGUAUUACAUAUUUGUACAUAGGCGGACCCGUGCCAUCAACUAGUGAGUUGUACCGAUAUUGUACUGCCAUAAAUCGAAUAGCGAUGACAUCGAGUGAAUGGAUCUGAACUAAUCAUCGACAAAUCUAUACGAUAUCAUUUUCGUUUUUUGUGCUCUCGUACGUGUAUGUGAUUAGACGAUUAACUUGAAGUUACCAACUAAUACUUAACUUAAUGGCUGUGCAAAUGGAGCAUUUUGCACUCAUCGACAAUUAUUAAACAGAGUUUUGUUGUUUCAUAUUUUACAUUUUAUUGUAUGAGCAGUUUAUUCACGUCGAAAAUUACCAUUCUGUUGUUAUUAUAUUACUCCUGUUUAAGUUGAUGUCACGACACGUCUAGAUUAUGUGCUGACAUCACGUGUUUAAUUCGUUGAAAUAUUUAUUUACGUUUAUUUUCGAAAUCCGAUAACAAGCUGACAAAAGACAUUAAUCGUGAUUAAUAAUUUCGUGCUUGUUUCUAUUAUAGACGACUACCCUUUACUACAUUACUGUACUAAUAUAUUGAUGAUUAAAAACGUUUACUGAUUCCUGCAUUCGCAGUUGUAAAUCAUAUUGCAAAUUCACACAAUUCACAUAUUAAAUAAUUGGAAUUACGAUUGGAGGGAAGUAAAAGCACAUAAUAAUCGAGCAAUAUGUACAAAAAAGAAAGUUAGACAUCUUUUUUCGGCAACGAAUACUUAUAGACGUAUCAUCGUUUCCUAGCAUAUAGUUGCAGAAUUGUUAGUAAUGUUUUUGAUAUGUUAAGUUAAUUUCAUUAUUAUCGAUAAUUUAUUCAUUAUUUGAAUAAUGACUAUUAUAUAAUAGCGACUAUUGUACUACUUAUUCUCUUAUUUAAGUAAAUUUCGCGCAAUAUUUCCUACAGAAUGUUCAGUGCACGCCAUGGCUCGUACGUUGACGAAGCUCUUGAUAAUCGUUAAAUAAUUUAGUACUGGUAGAGUUUAAUAAGUUGUGGAAUAUAUUGGUACAACUCGAUGAAGAAAGUGUAGCGUGGUUAUACACCUGAGGAAUGUGCUCAAAAUAUUGUAUUAAAGAGAAAAAAAGUCUACUAAAUGAUCAUCAACGUUUAUGCAAAAUUACUCUUAAUAAGUGAAAAAGUUAUUACGGAUUAUUAAUAUUGUAAUCUAUCGUCCUCUUACCUAUUACCUACUUUAAUGUCUAUCUCUAUACACCAGCAUGGUUCUUUAUACUCUUCUAUUUGAUGUUAUACUAUUCUCUAUUAACUUUUACUACAGAACGUAUUGUUAAUAGUGUUUUUAAUGUACUAGAACAUGGUCAGCUGUAGAGGUGCCACGCAAGUGUCACAUCGAGGUUUAUACGAGAACAGAUAUUACGAUUAUAAAAAGAUAAUGGGAUGCGUUUACAUCGUGAGGUAACGCGAGUUCUGACAAUUACAUACAAUUGCAUAAACUCACGACUUUACAUUUUCCGUAUCAUAUUAAAUACGUAAAUGUUAAUCUCUCCACGUAAAUCCUCUAAUCUAAAAAGUAUCUAAGACUCAUUUCUAUUAUUAUACUCAAAUAUAUAAUUUAAUGAUUAGAUUGUUAUAGCUUAGUUUAUAUGCCAAGUAAAAUACGGGACGGGAGUAAAAGCCAUCGGAAUAAAAAAAUAUUCACGCAACACACUUUCCCCCUUGCUCAUAUAAAUUAUCGCAAUAAUUUUAAUAGAAUGAAAGAGAAGCAUGUGCUCGGUAGCAAUAUAUUCAAGCGGCGCGUUUGUACUAUCGUUGUUUUCUCAUCUCUCUCUGCUCAACUAGAUAUUACCUAUAAAAUAUACCUAUACAUUUAGAAUCCACAUUAUCUUAGCUACUUGAAACCUAAUCACUUAAUCAGAUUCUUGUCUUGCUCAAAGAGACGCGGGCUCGGACGAAGCAACAUAUAAUUAUCUCUCGUAUCCGGACUGUGUAAUAAAAUCGCUCAAAAGUUGGUGCCAUAAGCAAUAUGGACAAUAUAUUAUUAAAUGUGUUAUAGUUACGCGUGGACUAACUACAGCUGGCCGGCUAAGUUCUGCUUUCAAAAAGCUCGAUAACGAAACGCCUUGCGAUUGUCCUCCACGAGUGAUCGCGAGAGUUCUCAAUUUCAUUCGCUUUCGAUCGGCGAGGUUUUUUCGGUGAAAUUGCGUUUGUAAAAUAUUCCGAAGUUAUCCGCGCAUAAAGUUAUCUUAAAUCUUUAGAUAUAAUUGAUUUCUGCAAUUAAUUAUAUUACAAUUCAUAAGACUUCUUCUUCAGAGUUUUUUUUUUACCGCAGAUGCUCUCGCAAUUGGCUCUUGGCGGAAAACUGCAGUGCGUUGUUUACAUAAUUAAGCACAGUUCAGUCAAUUUCAAGUGCGAUGUGGUAUCGAGUUACCGACAAAAACCUAAUUUAAUCUGGAGCCUAUCAAAAUGAUACCACACUUAACGAAGCGAGAGAGAAAGGAAGAGACAGAUCCGUUGACAAAGAGAAGAGGAAACCCCAAAGGAGGCCUCCAGAACCCCCCCACGAAGAUGCAACUCCGUCACAUUAGUCUUCGUCGACGAAGAAACGACGCGGCGGAUUAUUUGCGAAUGCGAGGAAUUCGAGAAUUCUCUCUUGCGUAAGCCUAACGAAGGAAGAGGCGCACACGAAAUUUUAAUGAAAUCGCACAGUUUAUAUAAAGGUGUCUCUCCGCCAAUAACUUUUACAUUGUCGCGAAUUCAACGAUCUGUACAAUCGACUUCUCCGUUUCUAUCGAUUCCUCAAUCUAAUAGAAUUUAAUCGAUUCGUAAUCCUCUUAUGUGAGUUCAAAGCUUCGAUAAAUGUUAAUUUCUUCGACGAGCAACAUAGCUUCGGUGUAUUUGGGACAUUGAGAAAUUGUUUUCGAAGGGAAAGAGAGCGAAUUCCUUGUGAGUACUGCUACUCAAUUAUUUUGUCAAAUGAUUGCGCGUAGAAUUUUCGAUUCCUCUUUAUCCGGGUAGAAGCCGCGUUCGCGAGUAGUCUGGCGAAGCGUGAGAAAAAGAGGUGCGAGAUAAAAAGCGAGAAACGGACUCGAGUUAUCGGGAUUAAGUCCGAUUGUAGGAGCUAACUGCAAAUCAAACGGCUUAGCCAGGUCAACGAACAUCUGUGCAUCAGUAUUACAUUGAAGCGAUACUUAUAUACAUUAAACUAGUGAUUACAUUGCGCAUACAUAUAUACAUACCAUUUUAUUUAAUAUAUACAUAUAUAUGUAUAUAUAUUGAAUACAGAAGAGGCGAUAUUACUAUUAUACACAUACAUGCAUAUUAACUCAGAUGGUAGCGUACGUGCAUGUAUGUAUCGCUGCGUACACACAUAUACGUACGCUCAAUAUAUAUUUAUAUAUAUAUACAAAACUGAGUAUGUGUGGUGUACAGAGAGUCAGAGGGGCCGAAGCGGCCCGUACUUGCUGCGUUAAAUGUCGAUGUUGUUCGUUAAAAAAAAAAAAGAGAAAAAAUACGGAAACCCCAUGGCUUCUUCUGAAUCGUGAGUAGCGGGACUUCGGUACACACAGAUCAGCGACGAUUACGGAGAGAAAAAGAGAGAGAUAGAGAAAAAGAGCACAAAGCCGAAUACACAGUCACAAAGAAA